AGGAUGUUUCUGGAGCCCCAGGAAACUAUGCCCCAGACAUCUGUGGUCUUCUCCAGCAUCCUUGGGCCCAGCUCUAGCGGACAGGUGCAGCCCGGCAUGGGGGAGAGGGGAGGUGGGGCCGGUGGCGGCUCAGGGGACCUCAUCUUCCAAGAUGGACGUCUCAUCUCUGGGUCCCUGGAGGCUUUGAUGGAGCACCUGGUCCCCACAGUGGAUUAUUACCCUGAUAGGACGUACAUCUUCACGUUUCUCCUGAGCUCCCGGGUCUUCAUGCCCCCUCAUGACCUGCUAGCCCGGGUGGGGCAGAUCUGCCUGGAGCAGAGACAGAAGCUGGAGGCAGGGCCUGAGAAGGCCAAGCUGAAGUCCUUCUCUGCCAAGAUUGUGCAGCUCCUGAAGGAGUGGACAGAAGCCUUCCCCUAUGACUUCCAGGACGAGAAGGCCAUGGCCGAACUGAAGGCCAUCACACACCGUGUCACCCAGUGUGAUGAGGAGAGUGGCACGGUGAAGAAGGCCAUCACCCAAAUGAUACAGAGCCUGCUGCUGUCCCUGGCCGCCCGGAGCCAGCUUCAGGAGCUUCGGGAGAAACAUCGGCCACCAGCCGUGGACAAAGGGCCUGUUCUCAAGGCCAAGCCACCAGCCGCCCAGAAGGACAUCCUGGGUGUGUGCUGUGACCCCCUGGUGCUGGCCCAGCAGCUGACCCACAUUGAGCUGGAAAGGGUUGGCAGCAUUCACCCUGAGGAUCUGAUGCAGAUUAUCAGCCACAUGGACUCCUUGGACAACCACAAGUGCCGAGGGGACAUGACCAAGACCUAUAGCCUGGAGGCCUAUGACAACUGGUUCAACUGCCUGAGCAUGCUGGUAGCCACCGAAGUGUGCCGGGUGGUGAAGAAGAAACACCGGACGCGCAUGCUGGAGUUCUUCAUUGAUGUGGCCCGAGAGUGCUUCAACAUCGGCAACUUCAACUCCAUGAUGGCCAUCAUCUCUGGCAUGAACCUCAGUCCAGUGGCACGGCUGAAGAAAACAUGGUCCAAAGUCAAGACGGCCAAGUUCGAUGUCUUGGAGCACCACAUGGACCCAUCCAGCAACUUCUGCAACUACCGCACGGCCCUGCAGGGGGCCACGCAGAGAUCCCAAAUGGCCAACAGCAGCCGUGAGAAGAUCGUCAUCCCUGUGUUCAACCUCUUCGUUAAGGACAUCUACUUUCUGCACAAAAUUCACACCAACCACCUGCCCAAUGGGCAUAUAAACUUCAAGAAAUUUUGGGAGCUAUCCAGACAAAUCCAUGAGUUCAUGACAUGGACGCAGGUAGAGUGUCCCUUUGAGAAGGACAAGAAGAUUCAGAGUUACCUGCUUACGGCGCCCAUCUACAGCGAGGAAGCUCUCUUCAUCGCCUCCUUUGAAAGCGAAGGCCCUGAGAACCACAUGGAAAAGGACAGCUGGAAGGCCCUCAGGACCACUCUCCUUAACAGAGCCUGAGGAUGCAGCCUGCAGACACCAGAGGAAGCACAUGCCAACGGAGUCUGGAUCUUGAUUAAUGUGGGUUGAGAUGAGGAGGCCUCACUGGUUGGGGUCCAUUUUGUAUAUAACUUUUAUGAAAAAGAAAAUGGUAAUUAUUUCUGCAUCAACCUUUGGCACUUAUGAAGCUUUUUGUUUAUUUUAAAUAACAGGGCGGGGCCCUGCUUUGGGGAGGGUGGGGAAAGAGUGUCAUGGGAGAUGGUAUCCAUGAUAACAUCUUAUUCUAAUGAAAUGUAGAUUUUUAUUUUCUACUUUUGAUUAUUAACAUCUUACGAAAAAAAAUAUUUAAAAAAAAAAACCAACCAAAAUCAACAAGAGCCCUGCCUGCUCGGACGCCUCUCCAGCCAGUGUCUCUGAUGUCGGGGUUAGUGCCUUAGAGAGUACUGGGGAUCUGGUCUUCCUGCUCCAUGGUCCAGCGGCAGCUAGCUCUGCCCUGGGCGGCAAGACGCCUGCCCUCCACAGCCCAGGCUGCAGGUUCCCCGGAAAGGGCUGGGUGGCAGGGAGGUCUUACGUGCGCACUUCUGGAAAGGAACCUUUGAGUACGGGCUUUCCAAAGUUUACAUUUUUAUUUUCCUUUAUCAGGGAUUUAUGGGGUUGGGAGGGGCGGGGGACACCUGGCAGCAUAUUUUCUGUAAGAACGUGUCUGGCAAAUUGUUCUUUAAAUUGGGUUUU